AUGAAUGGUAUGCAUAGAUGUUAUAUAACUGACUUUUAUCCCUUUUUUGUCAAAGGACUGACACCAGCUAUAAAUGAGGUUGACCCAGCUGCCACAACAGAAGAUGUCGUAGUAUCCCUUCCAGCAGUUAUUCCAGAGGGGACCAGUGAGCCUUCCGAAGUGGCUGGGAAUGGCAAAGAGACCAAAAAUGAUGAUGCUCCAUGUGAAACAGACACUGGGAAGCACACCGACAAUGUUGAGAACGCAAACUCAGGAGAAAAUGUGCCGAAUGGCGACGUAAGAACUACUGCUGAAAGGGAGAUCCCCAUCCAUGACAACUGGGAUAGUGCAGCUCAAGCCGACAAUCAGGGACAGGGGGACUGUGGAAUGGAUGAAGAGGAGGAUAAGGAGGAGACCAGCACACCUGGCCUUAAUGUGGUCAUAGACAUACACGUAGAAACUGCACCUGAGGAACCAAAGGAAUCUGCUGACGACACACCACCACACAUGGACCCUGGUUUUUCUGCAACCCAAAUGGUAACAGUUCAAGGACAUGCAUGAAACUUCAGCAGCAGCAUAUUUGCUUAAAUGUUGGUACAUCUUCACCAGUCUCAAU